AUGGCCAGCGCACAAACAGAAUAUGGUGUCGUCUACACCCCCUCGUCCGUUGUAUCGGCCGUCGAACAGCAGAAGCCGCCUCUGAGCGACGCCGUGCUCGAACAGCUUGGCGUGCGCCACAUCCGCGUCACCUGGUGUGACUGGAUAAACACCAUCCGGUACCACGUUCUCACGCGCUCGUACUUCUGUAAGCUCCUUCGCUCGCCGCGCCCAGGAAUCACAGCCCCCUCCGCUGCGUUUGGUAUCGUAUUACUCCACGUCUGCGAUGGCUUCGACUUGACUGGAGAUUGUCUCAUCGUGCUCGACGAGAGCAGCUUCCGCCUGUGUCCUUAUUCGCCCGGACAUGCCACUAUCAUGGGCUUCUUCCAGAAUUUGGUCCCUAGUCCAGAGUAUGGACUCGAGAUACUGUGGGAUCCACGCACGCAGCUGGCAAGAGUAGAGAGACUUGCGAAGGAGGCAGCAGGCGUGUCGUACCUGGCCGGAUUCGAGCACGAGUUUAUCCUCCUCAAAUCGACCUCUCCGCCAGUCGGCAUCAACAGCGCAGACUAUGGCGUUUCGCAGAAGCUCCCUGCGGGGUCAGUCGAAGCCAAAGUGCUGGAGGAGAUCGUCGACUCGCUGCAAGAGGCAGGCAUCGAGGUGCAGCAGCACCAUGGAGAAGCCGCCCCGGGCCAGUACGAAGUGAUCACUGGCCCUCUGCCGCCGUUGCAAGCAGCAGACGCGUGUGUUGUCACGCGUGAGACGAUCUUCAAUGUCGCAGCGAAACACGGCUUGCGCGCAACCUUCGCGCCCAGAAUAUCCGCGUACACCGCCGGCACUGGCGCGCACAUCCACCUGUCUGUGCACGACCUUGGGACGCACCCGGACCCGGCGGGCGCGCGGGGCGACGAGCACCUCGCGCCGACACUAAUCACAAAGGAGCGCUCCUUCCUUCAAGGCAUCGUGCGGCAUAUCCCGGCGCUCUGCGCGCUCACGCUGCCGACCAAGUUCUCGUACGAGCGCGUCGUGGAUGGCAUCUGGGCCGGCGGCACGUACGCCUCGUGGGGCGCGUACAACCGCGAGGCCCCCGUACGCUUGUGCGGUUACCGCGGUAACCAUCGCAUGGAGGCGCGGUUCGUUGACGGCACCGCAUGCCCGCACCUCGUGCUCGCCGGGAUCUUCGGGGCAGGCACGAAGGCCAUCAUAGACCGCGAGCACCUCAAGACGGGCGACUGUACCAAGCCGGUUGCCACCAUGUCUGACGAAGAGCGGGCUGCGGCGGGUGUGUCGAAUGCUCCCAGACUGGGCCCGACCUUGCAAGACUCUCGGAACGCGUUUAAGAGCAGUCCUGUCAUGCGCGAACUCUUCGGCGACGACUUUGUCGACAAGUAUAGUGUCGUCAACCAGACACUUGAAGAGUUGUUCGUGGCCGACACCGAGGAGGAGACUGUCACGAAGCUGGUCAGUUAUUACUAGAUGGUGCGGAACUUGGUGAGACACGCAUAUGGGACACGCGGAGCAGGUUGCAGACAACAAAACCGCGUCCUUUCUUGAGUAGAUGCUCUCAGACUAAUGUAUAUCGAUACGCGACUCUCAAAAUUGAUAUCGGACACUACUACUAGUAUCGGAGGUC